AUGCUGUUCGUGGUAGUGGGGGAGUUUUUCAUAUGCUGGACACCAAUCCAUAUUUUGAACACCGUCUACCUGUUCAAUCCAGACUUUUUCCGAACCUACCUGGGAAAUUAUCUGUACCUGGUACAGAUUCUAGCUUAUGUCAGCUCCUGCUGCAACCCAAUCACAUACUGCUUCAUGAAUCGCAAAUUCCGACAAGCAUUUCUUAGCAUAUUCAAGUGCUAUCAAUGUGCAAGAAUAUGUUGCUUUUGCUCGGGAGCUGCUGUUGACGGACCUUUAGGAGCAUGCAGCCAGUUGGAAGAGCCGGGACCAUCUGGCCAGAACAACUCUGAACUCUCAGCAAACGAUUCAACUCUCUAUGUGGGGAGAGGAUGUCGAUCAGAAGUGGUGGUACUGGACGGGAAGAGCGUGUUUAGCAAUGGCUGCCCCGGCACGACGAGCCCACUUUCCUAUACAGAGUCGUCUGGAAAGAGCAUCGAUCAAAUUUAA